GCUGAGAGGCUCAGAAUAGUUCCAGAUGUGGCCAUGUUUAGUUUCGAUCUCCGAAGUUUUCGCUCAUCGUCAUAUAAACCGCUACAUUUUUAUACUGACUGCUGAGAGAGUAAAUAAUACGCAUCUGUCCGACCGAUCUCGUACUCUACACGUCUUUGCCUGCGGCUCGUUUUAACUCGCUGCAUCCACAUGCUGUUUUAACGCCCUUGCCGAGAGAUCCCGAAUCUCGCGAACGACGCAGAAACGCGAACGAACGAACGAAAGAGAGAGAGAGAAAGAGACAUUUGUUGUCUGUCGCGUCUGAACGUCGCUCCGCCGAUCUCGUCCCCGACGGGACACGUCGGAGCCACGCGAAUCCGUGACACCUCCAGAUUUGUCCGACUCCGAUAUCGCGAGAGAGAGAAAGAGAGAUAUAAUUCGUUCUCGUUCGCCCGCUUCGUUCCUCGUUCUUCGUUCUCUCGGCAAGAGUCGCGCGCACUGCAAAAAGUCCGCUCCGUCGCGUCCCUAUCUCUGUCGCUCUCUCGGGGCGACAUACCGAAACGCGUUCGGUCGUUAUUUCGGAGAAAGAAAGAGGGAAAGAGAGAAACAACGUCAUUGUCGAGAAAGAACAUCGUGCCUUCGUACGGUUUUAAAAAAAUCCGCAGAAGUGAAAGCGUCGUUUAUAUUUCGGGCCGAGGGGGUGAAAAGGACUCUCGUCCGAGAGAAAGAAGCUGCCUUCUUCUCUCUCUCUCGUCCCCUCUUGUUCUCCCCUCUUUCUCUGUUUUUUUUUUGUCUCGUUUUUCCGGCGGGUUUCCGACGACGAGUACGCAUGCGCGAGCGCGUUCCCAUUCUCAGCGCGUCGCACUUCCGUUUCGGGCACGUCGCGCGCGCACACGAGGUCGCACACGCAACGACGUCACACUCAGACACGUAGAACGGACGACCGGCGGGGGGCGAGGGCGAGGCAGGCAGGCAGACAGGCGAGGCAAGUAAGCCAGGCGGACAGGGUGGGUAUAGGUAGAAAGAUAAUCGCCACGGGAGAGACGCCCACGAACGAGAGCGGUUCGUCGCUGGGUCAGCCGUAUGCCACGUCAGCCAGAAUGACGUCGUUCUCGCGAGAAAAGGAGGAUCGCGCGAUCUGACGCAUCUACGAUCGUAUUCCAAUUUUCACGCGCGACUCAUUGGGGCGCGAGAGAGAGGGCCCGUGGCGAGAGAUCUCGCUAGUGAAGAAAUAGAGAGAGAGAGAGAGAGAGAGAGAGAGAGAAAAGGGAAAAUCGGUAUCCCGUCGGCGAGGGAAAAAGGGUAGAAAGGCCAGCCGAGACCAAGUGCACGGUAUAACGCGUUUAUUCAGUUCGUAGGAGAAAAGACUUUCGAGAAAGACUUGCUUGCCCGCCUCUAAAACGUCUAAACCCGAGCCUGUCAAUCCGCGAAAAAUCUUUGUGAAAGAGAAACGUAAAGAAUUUAACAAAACGGCCGGGGCCACCCCGUAGGGAGAGAGAAAGUUUUCGAGACGAGGGAACAAAGAAAAUUUUGUUUCCGGGACAAAGAGAGCGAGAUAGAGACGCGACGGAGAAAGGGAGAAAUAGAGAGAGAGAGAGAAAAAAAAUCAAAAUAAUCUUUUACAGUUGGUUCCAUAUGUGGAGCUCUUGUUAAGCUCUCCCAAAUGCUAGCGUUCGGACAACGCGAUUAUUCCGCCAGAGCAAAGACCGGUCGAGUGUGGUCGGGCGAAUCGAUCGUAUGAUCCGCCGUCCCGGCCGAUCGGACGGCCGCAGUGCUUGAUAUAGGAAAUUAUACCUCGGUACUUCAUUCCGGGGUACCACCGAGAGAGCGCAAUACGCACAGAUCGAGACUCGAUCUGCGAAAAUGGCAGUAGAGAGUGUUUCCGCGGCUGAGACUCUGAUCCAAAGCAGCAACGAUAACGAUUUGGAAGAUGGAGAAAUUCCAUCAGACGAGGACGAUGAGCCAGUCACCCGUGCAGCGAGUGAUGCACCAGAGAUUGCCAAGCCAGCACCAAAGCCAGAUUCUGCGAAGAAUAAGAAUUUUGAUGCAAAAUUUAACAAGAGCAAAAAGCCGCAAGCUGCACAGGCAGCUGGUGGUAAGCAUGAGCGAUUUUUGAAAUAUAAGGGUCCGACUGAGGAUUGGGCUGGAGAUGUCGAGAAGGCUAUCAAAGCUGCGAUGGAAGAGGAUGGCACGAAGAAUCAGGAACCCAAAGCGAAGAACAAGAACAACAGGAACAAAGUUAGGAAAAGAGUGCGCGAUGAGAGAGAGGAGGAUCGUGGUAAAGAUCAGAAGAAGCGAAAAUUGAGCGAUGACGAGAAUACGAAUGAGGAUGAAGACGAAAUGCUGUUCGUACGAGGAGCUUCGCCCAUCAGAAAGGAUUCUCAAGAGACUAAUUCUCCCAGGCGUACGAACGAGCACGAGAAUUUUGACGCCAAUUCGGAUUAUGAGGAAAGGCCCAACAUAAAUCGACAUAGAGAAAAUGACAACAAACGCGGCGGACGUGGAGGAGGUGGAGGUGGAGGAGGAGGAGGAGGGCGUCGCGGUGGCAAGAACGAACGUGGCAAGAAUAAGACCCGGGGUCAAAUUCGAAAUGACCGAAAUGGUCGUCGUCCACAAAACAAUGAUCACGGGCAGGAUGUGGACACAAUAUGUGUGUAUUAUAUGCAAGGAAAGUGUCAUAGAGGGGAUGAUUGUCCAUUUUCGCAUAAUGCGUUGCCACCUAGAAAAAUGGAGUUAUGCAAGUUCUACCUUAUGGACUGUUGUGCAAAACGGGACAAAUGCCUUUACAUGCACCAUGAUUUUCCUUGCAAGUUCUUCCACACAGGUUUAAAGUGCAAUCAGGGUGACAAUUGUAAAUUCUCUCAUCAACCCUUAAACGAACAGGUAAAAGGUAUUCUUUUGAAACACUUGGAAACUGCACCAAAAGAAAUUCUUGGUGAUUUUCCAAGGUUAAGCAGAGAGGGUGCCAUGUUAAUGAUAAAUAAUACAGCACGUUCUCUAGCACAAGGACAAGAUACAACGAAUCAAAAGAUUCCUAGUCUCUUCGAGUUGAAUUUAUCAGUACCUGUAGAAAAGACCGAUGAAAAAGAAGAGAAAG